AUGUUCCUGUUAACUCUGCUUCCAUACACAGCAUAUGAAGCUCUCACAGCAAAAUGUAAUGUCCAGUAUCCACAAUGCCCACUUCACAGCUAUCAUCAAUCUGGAGAUCUCUUCAUUGGCAAUAUCGCCUCUCAUGGGAUCUUCCUUUCCUGUGCCAAAGAUUUCAUAAAGGAACCUCCACCAGCCAUGCCUGAGGAACUUACAAUACUUCCCAAGAAUUACCAACACAUCCUGGCCUUAGCUUUUGCGGUAAAUCAGAUUAAUGAAAAUCCUCAAAUUUUACCAAAUAUCACCUUGGGAUUUCAUAUUUAUGAUAAUUAUUACGAUGCAAAAUGGACAUAUCAUUCUACAAUGCUGCUUAUAUAUACACUAGAACAUUUUUCCCCAAAUUACAACUGUAACAUGCAGAAUAAGCUCGUUGCUGUAAUUGGUGGACUGGAUUCUCUUACUUCUCUUGAUAUGGCAAUUAUUCUGGAUACCUAUAAGAUUCCUCAGCUCCAUCCCUUUUUGAGACAUGUUACAUUUAACAACAGUCUUGGGGACAAGAUAAUCUUUGACCAAGAUGGAAAGUUAAUAGAUGGGUUUGAUAUAAUCAAUUUUGUUCUUUCUGAAAACCAGUCAAAAGUGAAAAUUGGAAGGAUAGACCCUCAGUCUCCUGCAAAUCAAACAUUCAUCAUAUACAAAGAUGCCAUAACGUGGAACAGCUGGUUUAACCAAACUGCUCCUGUUUCCCAGUGCACACCUAGCUGUAAUCCAGGUUCUAGGAAGCAAGUAAUGCAAGAGAGGCCAUUUUGCUGUUACUCCUGCAUCUUAUGUCCAGAAGGCAAGAUUGCAGAAAAGGAGGAUAUGAAUGACUGCUAUAAUUGUACAGAAGAAAAGUAUUCCAACAAAAAUCAGGAUUCAUGUAUUCUGAAGGACAUAAGUUUCUUGUCUUAUGAAGAACCUUUGGGAAUAAGUUUAGCUUGUUUUUCUCUUUUCUGUUCCAUAACCACAGUUCUUACACUAAAGAUAUUUCUGAUGCAUCACAACACUCCCAUUGUCAAGGCCAGUAAUCGGGAUCUUACCUACAUGCUCCUGGUAACUCUCUUGCUCUGCUUCCUUUGUGUAUUACUAUUCAUUGGUAAGCCAAGCAAGAUGGCAUGUAUUCUCCGACAAACUACUUUCAGCAUCAUCUUCUCUGUGGCUAUUUCCUGUGUGCUGGCCAAAACUGUGACUGUGGUCCUGGCUUUCGUAGCAACAAAGCCAGGAAGUGGAUUGACGAAGUGGGUGGGGAAAAGAUUGGGCUAUGCUUUUGUUUUAUCUGAUUUCUCAAUUCAGGUAGGGAUUUGCACUCUAUGGUUAGCCAUCUCUCCUCCUGUCCCAGAUGCUGACCUGCACUCAGAGGCUGAAAAAAUUGUCCUACAGUGUAAGGAAGGUUCUAUAAUUAUGUUUUAUUUUGCAAGGUUUUAUAUGGGUUUCUUGGCCAUAAUCAGCUUCAUAGUGGCUUUCUUUGCCAGGAAAUUACCAGAUACUUUUAAUGAAGCCAAAUUCAUCACUUUCAGCAUGUUAGUCUUCUGCAGUGUUUGGAUAUCCUUCAUUCCAACCUACCUGAGCACCAAGGGGAAAUACACAGUUGCUGUAGAGAUUUUCUCAAUGUUAACUUCGAGUGCUGGGCUGCUGAUCUGCAUCUUUUCCCCCAAAUGCUACAUUAUUGUUCUGAGACCAGAUCUAAACAACAGACAGCUAAAAAGACAGAAGUAA